CCCCCCCCCCCCCCCCCCCCCCCCCCCGGGGGUCCUCUUCCCACCGCAGGCGCCUCGAACUUCUCUCUCCUCCUCCUCCCCUCUCCGCUGGAUUCGCGUGGCGCGGGCGGGGGAUCCACCCGGCGUGAUUUGUUUCUGUUGGUAGCUUCGGAGUUGCUUGCGGCCCGGUGGUAAUCCGACCCGUCUGGGGGUGGAUUCAGUUCCUGGAGAUCUUGCUGGGGGAUGUUCUGCCCGUAGCAGCUUGUUUCCCAGAAAAUUUUUGGGGUUCGACGCCGACCCUGCCAUGGAAUCAGGCAAUACUAAAUUUGAUGCAUCACAGUAUGCUUUCUUCGGCAACAAUGCCGUGGAGGAGGUUGACCUAGGUGGAUUGGAUGACGAUGAUGGUGAUACUGCAUUUGUUGAGCAUGGUGAUGAAGAGUACCCUCUCUAUGGGAGGGAUAAUAUUUUGGAGGAUGAAGGGGUGGGUUCUUUUACUGACGUUGAUGAUCUUGCUGGAACAUUCUCGAAGCUGACCAGAAUUGUCAAUGAACCAAAGCAACCAGGAAUAGUGGGUCAUAGGGGAUCUGUUUCUAGACAAAGUUCUAAUGCAGACUGGGUGCAAGAGACUGGCUCUUCAUAUUGGCCUGCGCAGCCUGUAUUGGACACUGAUCAUGGGCUGGAUAAGAAGAAUUGGUGGUCCCAACCACCCCAUUCAGUCGACUUCAUGGACUCUAGACUUCACAGAACAUCCUCAUCCCCACACCAAGAUGCUCAGUACAAUCAUGCUGAACCUAUUCUUGGAGCAAAGCCAUCUCCUUUGCACAGAACAUCAUCAUACCCACAACAAGACCCUCAGUACAAUAAUACCGAACCAAUUCCUGUGCCUAAAUCAUCAUUCAUUUCAUACCCUCCAUCUGGUGCAGCAUCUCAUUCUUCACCUAGUCAACCACAUCAUAUGAACAUGCCAUCUCCUCCCACUGCUUUCCAGAUGCCUAUGUCCGCACAAAAUGAUCUACCUCUUCCCCAGUUUCACCAUGGAGGUACGCCUCCAGGACCUCCAUUUGGUAGGGAGCUGGCUCAUAUGGGUCCGAUGGGUGUGGCAACAAAAAAUGUGCAGCAAAAUCAUGUUUUAAAUAGUGGACAAAUGCAUGGGAAUGGUGCCAGGUUUAUGCCAGGUUUGAUGCAGCAUCAAUUGCAACGUCCCAAUGGACUGAUGCCUCCUCAAAUGCAGCCACCUCGUCAACAACAUGGAAUGCUGCCAAUACAACAGUCUCCACCUCAUUUCUCACAACUGCAUGCACAGAUGCUUGGUCCCCAUCAUUCCCCACCACAAAGCAUGCAAAUGUUUGGUCCUCAGCAUCCUCCUUCGCAAGUGAUGGGUAGAUUUGAUGGAAACUUCACUAUGCCUGACUUGAGUGAUCCAAGAGCAAGAUCGAUGUUGCAACAUGGAAGGCUGGGACAACGAUAUCCUCACCAAGGUUAUGAGGUCAAUAAUAUGAGGAUGGAUAAUGGGUGGCCACGGUUUAGAUCCAAGUACAUGUCCACUGAAGAAAUUGAGAACAUUGCAAGGAUGCAGCAAGCUGCCACACACAUCAAUGACCCAUAUAUUGACGAUUACUACCAUCAAGCUUGUUUAGCAAAAAAAUCAGCAGGUGCACAACUAAAGCACCACUUCUGUCCAACCUUGAUUAGAGAUCCAUCUUCCCGUGCACGGAGCAAGGAUGAACCACAUGCAUACCUACAGGUUGAUGCUCUUGGGAGGCUCCCAUUUUCUUCAAUCCGCAGGCCUCGUCCGCUUCUUGAUGUUGAACAAGCCUCUGCACCAAGUGAGAACACUGAAAAAUCUGCAUCAAAGCCUCUUGACCAAGAACCAAUGUUGGCUGCUAGGAUCACUAUUGAAGAUGGACUUUGCCUACUACUUGAUGUUGAUGAUAUUGAUCGUCUGCUGCAAUUUAGCCAGCAGCAAGAUGGUGGUUUGCAACUGAGAAACAGAAGACAGGCCCUCCUCGAGCAGCUUGCAGAAUCACUGCAAUUAGUUGAUCCCCUUGCACCUAAUAAGAAUGCUCCUCUUUCUUCAUAUGAUGAUUUGGUGUUUCUCCGCAUAGUCACUCUACCGAAGGGCCGGAAACUACUGUCCCGUUACCUUGAACUCGUGACUUCAGGCAGUGUGCUUGCAAGGAUAGCUUGCAUGGCAGUCUUCCGGCAUCUAAGGACCAUAUUUGGAAAUAUGCCCUCUGAGAUCAGUGCAGCUGAGACAAUGACUAGACUUGCAAGAGCCAUAUCCACAUGUGUUUUCCGGAUGGAGUUGAGUGAUCUCAGUGCUUGCCUUGCAGCUAUUGUGUGUUCGUCAUUGCAACCGCCUCUUCGACCCCUUGGAUCCCCAGCAGGUGAUUGGGCUUCUGUCAUCAUAAAGUCUGUACUGGACAGAGCAACAGUUCUGCUCACUGAUCAGCAUGUGGCUUCUGCCUACAGUGUGCAGAACAGAGCUCUAUGGCAGGCAUCAUUUGAUGCCUUCUUUGGGCUACUUACACAGUACUGCAUGACUAAAUUUGAUAGCGUGGUUCAUACUGCGCAAUUGCAACCUGCUGCAGCAGCAGUAAUAAGCAGGGAAAUGCCAGUAGAGCUUCUGCGUGCCAGCCUCCCCCAUACCAAUGCGGAUCAGCGCAAACAGUUGCUCAGUUUUGCUCAGCGCACUGUGCCUGUUGGCACCCAUAGUUCUCAUGGGUCUGGUAGUGGACCCAUGACUUCAGAUUCUGUCCCAAGCUGAGAUGGUCAGGACAAAUGGGAGGAAGCAUUGAGUUCUUGUUAUGGUACUCACUACUUGAUAAAAAUGUCUCUUUAAGAUGCCUGUUAUGCUUUUGCUGAAAGAAGAGAGGGCUGAACUGUGAUAAUAAUAUGAAUCUCAAGAAACAAAAGUAAAGCAGACUGGAGCAUCAAAGAACUGAUGGUAAUACAAGAUUUUAAAUUUAGUUUCACAAGUCACAACAUGUCUGUAUUGAUUAUCUUUGUAGGGAGCCAGAUGUUUUGCAUCUAUUACGUGGUUAGCUGUGUUUGGGACAAGAUUGCAAAGCUCCUGUGGGUCUGUUGCUCUUAAGAGGAAGCCCCAGGCGGUCUGUAGCUGUUACUUGAAGACACUGUUUAACUGCUCUUCAAGGUGUUAUUUUCAGCGAGUAGUUGCCUUGUUUUUCCCCUGUAAUUCUGUUGGCCUGAAGGUGUGGAAGUCGUGCUGGCCGCAACACGUCCUUGAGAAUUUGCUUGUGUCAUUUUUGUUCUUCAGGAACUGCUAUGAUCUAUGAAGUUUGUUAAAUGGUAGUAAUGUUUUGGGAUUGCCCUUCCCAUUUGAGAACCUCAUUGCAACCUGUGUUGCAUUUUUCUACGUAAGAUGUGCAAGUGGAUAAGCUUCAUCCUAGUACUAAAUUUUGACCGACUAUA